AUGUGGAUAAACAUAUAUCCUGACCAUAUUUCACCUUAUGAUUCUUGCAGAACUUUGAAAGAGAGUAAGGCUGACCCCGCAGAGGUCAAAGUUGCUGUGAACUUGUUGAAGAGUCUUAAGAAGCGAUUAGAAGAGGCGCAACCACAACACACAAGGCUCGAUGCCGGCUUCAACAAAGCUUCAUUUGAGGAUCUGAUGAAGCGCAGAUUCUUCUAUGGACUAUCCAAUGACAUAUACGGUGGAGUUGCUGGACUUUACGAUCUUGGCCCCAUGGGCUGUGCCCUUCAGGCCAAUCUGCUUGCGCAGUGGAGGCGUCAUUUUGUUCUAGAAGAGCAAAUGCUGGAAGUAGAGGCCACCAUAAUGACCCCCGAGCCAGUGCUAAAGGCCUCGGGACAUGUGGACCGUUUCACCGAUCUCAUGUGCCAGGAUACGGUCACCGGAGAGAACUACAGAGCCGAUCAUCUGCUGGAGGCGGUACUCGAGAAGCUCAUUGAGGCCAAGGACACACCCUCAGAGCUCCGCGAGAAAGCACGCACCACCAUUCCCCUGGUUGAUGGUCUGUCUGGUGAUAAGGAGAAUCUGUGGAGAGUCAUGCAGGAGUUUGAUGUGCGUUCACCCACCGGCAACCCGCUCUCCGAGCCUGUGGACUUUAACCUGAUGUUCUCGACCUCUAUCGGUCCCUCCGGCAAUGUGAAAGGUUUCCUUCGCCCCGAGACGGCCCAAGGUAUCUUCACCAACUUCAAGCGGCUGUACGAGUUCAACAACAAACGCUUGCCCAUGGCCGUUGCACAGAUUGGCAAAGCGUUUCGUAACGAGAUCGCUCCCAGGUCUGGUCUGUUGCGAGUGCGAGAGUUCACUAUGGCGGAGGUCGAGCACUUCAUCGACCCCAAUGACAAGUCACACAAGAAGUUCAGCCUGGUCAAGGACGUCCAGAUGAACCUCUACGCCGCGGCGGACCAAGAGCACGCGCGCAAACCCACCGUCACCACCAUAGGCGAGGCGGUGGCCAGUGGCAUGGUAGCCAAUGAAACCAUCGGCUACUACAUGGCACGUAUUCAGCUGUUCCUGGUGUCUGUGGGUAUGAAGGCGGAUCGCGUGCGCUUCAGACAGCAUCUGAGCACCGAGAUGGCCCACUACGCCACCGAUUGUUGGGAUGCAGAAUGCUUCACCUCAUACGGUUGGAUUGAGUGUGUGGGCUGUGCGGAUCGCUCGGCGUACGAUCUGACGUGCCACUCCAAGGCCACAGGUACCGAACUUCAGGCACAGGAGGAUAUCAUACCCCCUGUGGUCAAGACGGUCACAGAGGCGGUGCCCAACAAACAGUUGGUAGGUAAAGCGUUCAGAAAAGAGGCCAAAUUUGUCAACGAUGCCCUGGCAGCCCUAGAUUCGGAAUCAGCAGCCGCAAUGGGGUCUGCUCUGGAGACGAGCGGCAAAUUCACGCUCAAGGGCACGGAUGCCAACGACUACGACAUCACUCCCGAGAUGGUCAGUGUAGAGACCAAGGAGAAGAAGUUCACAGUGCGCAACUACACACCAAGUGUCGUCGAGCCAUCGUUCGGUAUCGGUACGUUCUACCCUAUUCUAUUUAUAGAUUGUAACUGUAAACAGUGCGGUUGA